GCAAUUUCGAAUCAUGACGAAACGAAGCAGAGAAGAAUGCGGCGACUCCACCGGCCAGAACAUCAAAAGGAGAAUCGAGCUUCCUGAAGAUCUGUUCUGCCCAAUCAUGAAGCGGCUGCCGUUGAUCGACGUUAUUCGGGCAAAAGUGGUGUCUCAUGCCUGUAACUCUUCCGCAGCCUCUGUCCUGUCAUCCGACUCCCAUACGCGCUUCAUGAAAUCCCCAUGGCUCAUCCUUCCUCCAAAACAGCUCGGAGAAGAUGGCUACACCAGCAUGGGCAGAGGUCGCAUCAUGAAUCUCGAAGAAAACAGGGUUUACGAUUUGAAGAAGACAACAUCGGAUCUGGUUUCUGAGUUUGGUUGCAUUGGUUCCUCACACGGGUGGCUGAUUUUGUCUGACCACAAAAGUUUAACUCCGUUCCUCUUCAACCCUUUCACGGAGGCCCGCAUACAACUUCCUUCAUUGAAACCUCUGUUUGGCAUUGCUGGAAUUGAGGAAGGCGAAGGCGAUGAUGCACGCACGUGUAAAAUCCUGUGCGGGGAUGAUGAAUGGGUGACGGUGUGGAAGCAAGAGGUACGGCAAUCCUUUGUCUCAAAAGCCUUUUUGACAGCAGAACCUACUGGAGGAGAUUUUGCGGUGGUUUUGCUAUGCUACUACAACAAUACAGAAGAGGUUCUGUAUUAUAAGAAUGGAGGAGACAGAUCGUGGAUCCAAUUCUGUGGAUUGGGAGUUCCUAACUUUAUAGAAUGUUGUGACAUUAUGUGCUGUGGGAACAACCUCUAUGUCCUAGGCCCUGGAUGGAUCUCUACUUGGGAUUUAGGGGGUGAUCGUCCGGAGAAAAGAAGAACUAUUGAAGAUUUUCUGCCAGAGGAAUCAUUCGAGAGACCAAAUUUCUUCCGGUAUAGAGAUUAUCUGGUUGAAUCUAAUGGGGAGAUUCUGCUUGUUUUCAGGUUUGUGCCAGAAAAUAACAGUGGCAUAACAGCGGAAAUAUUUGAUGUGUUUAAGUUGGAUUUGGAAGAAAACAAGGGGGUACGAGUGGAAACUCUAGGGGAUGAUCGGUCCUUGUUUUUAGGCCAAAAUCAAUCUGUGUCAAUAUCAACAAAAGAUUUCAGCAGAUGCAAGGGGGACUCUAUUUACUUCACUCAUGAUACCUUGGGUUUUCACCUUUAUUGUGGUACUGAUAUGGGCAUCUAUAGCUUCAAGGAUAGAGAAGUUUCACCGAUUACUCAGUUUUCUUCAGAGAGAUGCUUAAAGCCUGACCAAGUGCCCCGUUGGCUCAUUCCAAGUUCUUGCUAAUUCAUGAAGUAGCAGUGUUAGUUUCUUUAAUUUAAUUGAUGCUUUCUUUUUAUGGGAGUUGAAACUGAGUAUUGUUCUGUUCAGGUGUUCUAUAUAUGCAAUGACUCUGAAAAGUUUAGUGUUUUGUGAUAUUGCUUGUUGGGACUUCUAGUUCUUUAAUUUAAUUUACAUGAGAGAUUACAAACAGAGGCAAUGUGCCCUGGUUACAAAAGCCAAAAUGAUUGUUUUCUGAUUUUGUAGCCAAUAUAAAACACUAACUUUAUAGUUUGGGAUCCAGAAGGAGACUUUAACUUCUUUUUUUUUUUUAACAAAAUUCCCUGGGAUAUUUCCCUUUUGGAAGUUUUGCUACUUUGUCAAUGAAAUAUCUGAUCACACAAGUCUGAAAAGAGGAACUAACUUGGAGAAUUGCAUGUUCAGCAAAAGUUUUACCAAUAGCUGUUCCUUCAUUUAAGCCAGGUCAUCCAGGAGAAUGCACAGUCAAGCAGGGGCAGAUGGUUGUAGAUUGUGGUCAAAGGAGGCAAAAUCUACAGCAGCAGUUAGAGAUGGGUAACUACUGUGCUUGCAGGCUUGAUUUUAAAGAGAUGCAUGAGCUCUACCUAUGAGUAAAGAUGAUAUACAGUCCACAGGAUCUUCAGCAUGCUAUUGAAUAGCAAAGGAGAAGGUUUAUAAAUUUGCAACUUCCAGACUUCAAGAGUGAUUAUGCUCACCAUCACCAAUUUAGAAUUGCAGUCUCUCUAUUGGGCCACUGUUUCCCCUUGUAAAGCAAAAUGCAGAUCUUUCAGUUGACAGUAGCAGUCAAGAAAUCACAGAAGGUGGAUAGAUGUGAGGCUAUGCAAGACUUGUGUUACAGGUAUUGUGACAGGCCAACUCAUUCAACCCUUUUGCAUUUGACCUAAGGAAAUGAGCAACUACCACGUGGAUACAAUUUUUACUCAUGGCUAAUCCUUCAUUUGAGCUAGCUUUCCAGGAGAAUCCACUGAGGAGUUGCAGCGAAGAGUGGUAGAAUGUGGUCUGAGGUGGUGGUGUUUAUAUUUUAAUAUAACCCACCUUCAUUAGGAUGCUUUUCUCUAACUUUUCUGAAAUGUAAUGGGCUUCUAAAUUGUGGAUUUUGAAACAGUAAAAGUUUGAACCUUCA